UAUCCUUCUGUAAACGUGUCCAGAACUAUUAGGCUGUGUCUUACACCCAUUCUAAAAGUUUCAACUUCCAAUCAUUCGACUAGACAUCUGACAGUAUUACUCGAUCUGUCUCUCGCCAUUGUAUUCCUCUAUUAAGCCUGAAUAAAACUUGAAGAAACGUUGUUGUAGUGUUAAAUGGCUAACCGAGCUCCAAUUAAAACCAGCAACUCUGCACUUAUUGCUAUGAUUGCUGAUGAGGAUACAAUUACUGGAUUUUUACUGGCUGGAGUUGGCAAUGUUGAUUUGAGGAGGAAAACAAAUUACCUCAUUGUGGAUUCAAAAACAACGGUGAAGCAGAUUGAAGAUGCUUUUAAGGAAUUCACCACAAGAGAAGAUAUUGCAAUCGUGUUAAUCAGCCAAUAUGUUGCCAACAUGAUAAGAUUUUUGGUUGAUAGCUACAACAAACCAAUUCCAGCCAUUCUGGAGAUUCCUUCAAAGGACCAUCCCUAUGAUCCUGCCCAUGACUCUGUUCUUUCACGAGUGAAGUAUCUCUUCUCUACUGAAUCAGUGGCAUCUGGAAGGCGUUGAUGACGGUUUGUGUUUCAACAUGCCCCAAUCAUUCAAUUCAUAUCUGAAUGUCGUAUUCUAUGUUACCUUAUGCUCGUACAUUAUUCAUUUUGCAAUCUUAUGUUAUUUUUCACUUUAAGUUAUCUUUUCUGACAACUUGUUGAAAGCAGUUUCUAAGAGUUACUCUAUGAGAGUGAAUAACAUUGUAGUAAACAAGUCAGACGUUAAUGUGAUUAUUAUUCUUGAUGAAUAAUUUAGCAAUGUUUCGUAUGUAGUGAA